CUUGAGGCCCUUGACACAAAGUUGCCAAUAGUAUUGGCCUUGAUGAUGUCCUGGGGGAGUUCAUUCCAGGAAGGUUUUGAUACUAUAGGUUCAACAGUGGGGGGCAAAGUUGUUGGUUGCGACUUCCUGGCAAAAGGAAUUACAGUCUAGAGUAGAUCUAGACUAACUUUUAAUUUUGAUCAAGAUCUAGAGGUGUACUGUUUGAAAUCAACCGUCCAGGUAAAUCAGAUAAAUAAACAAUGUAUAUGUAAUUGAGAAAACAUGCAAACAGAUUUGCCUUUUGUAUAUAAGAUUAGAACCAUAACAAAUCAUUUUUCUGCUCAUCAGGAAUAAAAGCAUGAAACUUCAAUGAAAAAAGAAAAAACACAUCAAGAUGUCAGCCACAGAGCAAGAAGGGAAAUCGUCCAACGGCAGUGAAACAACAGAAGGGGAGAGUGAGAAACAACCAGAUGGCUCGAUUCCAUCCCUAGAAGGAGAGAGAGAAAGCCUUCAAGCAGAGGAAGAAAGUUUGAAGUCAGACUCUCAAGAAAGGAGUGGUUCCACCGCUGGAAAGUCAGAAACUAGUGGCCAAGACCGUCAAGAAGUGGAGAGCGUAAAGGAAGAUGGUGCUGAUGGAGGGAAGGAAGGAUCAGAUGAGCAGGCUGGAUCUCAGAUAAGUACAGAAACAUCAGAAGAAACAGAAACAGCCGACUCUUUCAGUUCGGCUGACAUUCAUACUUCAAGAAGAGGACGGUCCAGGAAGAAGAAAGAUGAACCUGUUAUACCGGAAGGAGAACAUACCGUUACACUCUCGGUUGUGAUUGCUAAGGCCAUACCAACAGUGGAUGACCCAGACAUGCCAAAGUUGGAGGAUGUGAUGAAGAAGAAGAAGCAGAGGAUAGUGGAGGCGCCCAAGGCACAGGGCUACUACCACUGCCAGUAUUACCUGCUUCCCGAUGAUGCCGAGCCCAUCAGAACGGAUGUGGUGACGUUUGGUAUGGCAGCUAAGAUCUACACAGAGCAUGAUUCGAAGGUGCUAAAGACGUGGCAGGAGGGAGAUCUGACAUGGGUUGCUUGGUCACAUAGCCACAAACUUCAUGUCACCAAGGAUGUGCUCCUGAAGCUCUUCAACCAUAACCUAGAGCUACGGGUGUGGGAAUCUAGAGAGAAGGUCGCUCCGAAAGCCCGGUUCGACCGCCCCAAGGCAUUCCGCUUGCCCCACGGUAAGCCAGGAGAGGAUGCACAAGACAUAGGUGGAGUGAGGUCUCUGGUCCUCAAGCAGUCCAUGAGUUAUGAGGCCUUGCAACCUAGGAAAUCGUGCCUUGACAGACCUGUACCAACAAAGGGACCACCUGAAAUGGGAGAUAUGAAGCAGUACCAGAAAAGAGAUGAAAAGGGGAGGUUACUUCCUGAUGCAAAGCCCAGUCGUUCACACUCAAACGAAGGUUCCAAGGCACUGCUGCCAAAGCCCCCUUUUGCUUCUGAACACACAGUCAAGCUCCAUGCUUCACACCACGAAUCCCAAUCUGCAAGGAAAACGAGCAAAGCAGAUAGCACCGCUACAUCCAAACUCACCCAGAGAGCAGCCAGCUCACCUCCACACAGCAAGGAUAGCACGCAGGCUAAGAAAGAGAGCUUGUCAGCCAUGCAGGGAAAAGAUGGAGUCAAUGGAGUCGAUGGAGGAACUCCUCGGUCAGGUACGCGGAGGGUGUUCAAGGACUCUCCUAUGCAGAGAGAAGCCAAGAGGAAAUCCUAUAAAGCCGAGCAAGCAGCAGCAGCUAAUGCUGCACACAUCAAGAAGUAUGGCAAUGCCUGCAUCCCUAUCAGAAUGAAGCUACUCUUUGCAGAUUUGAAGACCGUCACCAAUCGCCUCGAGUCACCUGUGGUAGGAAUCAAGGACGUCUUCAUCACUGUAUCUCUGGACGGCCCUCUCAUGUCCCCAGACCAACGAUUAGAACUUAACCCCUUGGUCCUCAAGGUAGUCUCUGCCUUAGGUAUGCCUGAAACGCCGCUGAGCCAUGCCGAGCUGGGGAGGAGAUGUAUGCCUGUACAUACGUCGUACAAGUUCUGCAAGCAAUCCGAGUACAAGAGCAGGAGGAGGGAGCACAGUAAGAACAUCUACUGGGAUGACAUCAAUGUAGAAUUACUGGGUAUCAUUCCUAAGGGCGAGCUGCUGGAGUACCUACGUGGAGCUCCUCUUGAGAUCCAGGUUCAUGACCGAGACAGGAGGCCCGAAGACAUCAAACAGAAACCAACUCUGUUUGGUGAAGAUACAGAGGAUGACAAAAUCAGCAAUGUAGGCAUGGUAGCAAGUAAGAGAACAACACACAAUCCUUUCAAGGGAAGAAUCAAACCAUGGGAUCCUUACGGCAUCGCUAAGAUCGACCUGUCUGGCUUGCUCCUUGGUGAAAAGAUCAUCUACCAGACAUCACCCAUCCAUAACUGCCCCCUCCCUGAUCUAUUAGGGAGGGGUGUGAAGAACAAUAGGCUGAUGGGUGUGUCCAACGCAGCUGAUGGGCCAAAGGAUGAGCCAUUGCCUGUUGGUCACUAUAUCGAUUCAGGGGCGAGGUUAAAGGUCAGGCUGGAGGUCGCACAUGCCAUCACGACCCCACAGGAAGUGCAAUCCAAACCAGAGGUGGAAACUCACUCAGAGUGCCCAUUCUCUUGUCUCGUCUAUGUCUUUGGCUACAAGAACACCAAGUUCCUUCACCAGCUUCUCAGACUAGUAAUAUCAAUCAAUGCCGAGGCCUUGGACCUGGGACAUCUACCAGAUCAUAUCGUAGAAGCAGCUUUAUCAACCUACAAACUCUCCACGGCUCAGCAGAAGAGUUCAGACCUGGACAUCGUGACUGGUUUCCAGAUUCUGGAUGGAGAGAAACAUAUAUUUGUUUUAGAGGGACUAAGAGACUAUUCUAUCAACAAGCUGUGGUCCAGUCUACCAAGACCACAAAAACAAGAUGGAGUAAUCUUUGAGGCCCUGUACAAUUCCGAUAUGAUGUUCAGUGAGAGGAAGUAUGCUGCCCUCGAUGUUGACCUGUGUCGCAUCAAGCUGCAUGAGCCUAUGUCUGUAAUCGUCAAGCAGCCGUUGCUGUACGUCAGAGACAUGGUGCCAAGGCCUUGCUUUGAGGCACUCAUCAAACUUGAUCAGUUGGUAGGUCAAGAUAAACUGAGGAAUGUGAAUAAGAAUGACCUGUACCCCUCGGCCGAUUCUAUUAUCUCAUUGAGUAGAGAGUUUGGUGUUCCUCUAACUACAGCUGACUUUGAAGAUUUGAAGGAGCGUGAUGAGCCGGUAUACCUGAGUGAGGAUGCCAUCCGAUCCCACUCUGCCUCCCAGGUCCUGCCCAGUCUUAGACAUCGUAGGAUCUGGACCCCGCUAGAGAUCUACAAUCCAGACUACAUCAUGUACAAGGAGCAGAUGGAUCUCAUGGGUCCAAUGCAUGACUUCAUCAAAGAGAACAUUAACCAUGUGAACCAAAUAAGCGAAGAGAACACAGCUAAGAAGGUGAAACCACGUACCAUUCGCAUCGAACCUGUCAAUGGUGUGGCUCAUAAUUACAGCUCACAGACACUCAAUGCUACAGAACAAGCCAAGGAGCUACUAAGACAAGAGCUUGCACAAGAACCAGACAGACGGUUCACCUACUGCAAGGAUUUCAACUCCGCCUCCGUCGUCCCCGUCAACGUGGAAGCCGUCAAGAAGGCAGAGGAGCAGAGGUCAAAGGGCGCGUAUCAGACUGACGAUGGUUUCGUCUAUCCAGGGAUACCAGCAUCGAUGGAGAGCAACGUGCAUCCCAAGAAACCUGACCCUGCAAGGAGGGAUGAACUGAAGGAGUCCUGGAUUGAGAACAUCCUGCACGACAAUGUCCUGAAGCCAACCCUAGAGUAUCGCAGCCGAUAUGAAUGGGAGCAGCGGGAACAGGAUAUGAACCUUUGGCGGAAACCUCUCCCGAGCGGCUUCCAACCUGUCCCGCCCAUCACCAUCCAUCUUGCCGGUGACACCCUCAAAGCCGAGAAACAGGCUGUCAAGGACACCGAGCAAGACGUCUGGAGGUCAAAGGUCAAGGUCUACGAUACCCAGAUGCACUUCCACAGGGUGGCCACCGAGACGGAGCUGAUGGCCGAAGGAUUCAAGUCCAGCAACCAGAUCGAUCGUCUUCGUGGCCUGCUCAAGGACGAGGCUGAGAAGCUGGCCCUGCGGCAGGCGAACUUCCAGGACAUGCCGGCUCUGUCGGUGGUCAUGAACCCAUCGGUUGAUACGGCAGCCAGGGAGGCGGGACUACCCAUCCCUGAGAUGAAUGAUGAUAGAGCAUCUAUGCUUGGACAGAGACCUAUCUUCAUGCCUGGUGCCUUCCCUCAUGCCAGCCUAGCCUUGUCCAGUAAUAGGAUACCAAUCAAAGAUAUGGAGCAUGCCAAGUUUGAAGAACUCAAAGGAUAUGAUUUCAGACUUUACCACAAGGAUCGAGGACCUGUUCACAAGCGUCUCAUCCGACCACUCAUCAAUUCAGAGAGGGACAAUCACCUGUUCAGGAACCUGCCUUCUAAGCCUUACAAAGCCGAGACCAGCAAGCCAAGACCGGGCAACGAAUGCUUCCGGAACCCCCCACCAGGCAUCUACCCUGCCCACGUUCAUACCGAGUUCUACUACCCCGACAGGGAGAAGUUCCUAGCCAUGGGCGAAACACAGAAGAAUGUGACGCAGAAGAAGAAAGUACUUGAGUCGGCCAUGUAGACUGUUAUCUUAAAAGUUGAUAAUAUCAAUUUGUCUGUUUUCUUGGCCUUUUAAAAGAAUACUUCAUCCAUUGAAGGUGCAAGGGGAAGGAAUUUUAGGAAGAUAUCGUUUAAAAAAUGCUAUUGCAACAGUCAUAUCAUGCCAGCAACUAAUGUUAGAUAUAAAUGUGCCUUUACUAUUAAAGUGACAUGAAUGCUUCAAGUUUUUAUGGUGCAAGUUAUAGAUCAUGGAGGUCAUGGAAUUCAAUUUGAAGGAGAAGAGUUUCCAAAGAAUACAAUUAGAAUAGUCUUGAGAUGUAGAGAACUUGAACUCACUGUUUAUAUUUUCAAUGUGCCUGAUUUUCAGUCGUACCAAACUUAGUUCAAAUGUUUCAGAUUACUAAGGUGCAAGUGAUAGUAUUGUGGAAAGAAUUGUCAGGAAUAAUAAAUUAUUUCAAAGAGCUCUACUGUAUUGUUUAUAUAUCAUGGUAGCAGCCAUACAAGUACAAUAUUCAAUGGAUCUUCAAGAAGAUCUUUUUUUCUGACAAUUAUUUGUAUUCCACUGUAUGCUAUUGCUUCAAGUGAACUCUAAUAUUUGAUAAAAGUUGUUCUACUUCAAGCUUUGUGCCUUCACACAUACUCAAUUUGAUUAAGAAGGUUGGAAAGAAAGAUAUUGAUGUUUCAUCAUCUCUUCAAUAUCAGCUUGAAGAGUCUCAAGCAGUGGAUUAAAAAGAUGAUAAGCAGUGUAAAGUUUAAUGCAGCAAUCACUUUGAAAUUUUGCCUUUCCAUCUUUUGAUUGGUUUAUGCCAUCAUCAUGUUUCUUCCAUUACAGUCUUCAUACUAUCCUUUUAGAAACGCAGCUUAAUAUAUCAUCAUCAAAUUCAACGUAAAAACGUUCUGAAUUGCGUCUUGUAGCUUUGCACAUUACAUAAAAAUGGCAUAAAAAAUCUUGAAUACUUUUGGGGGAAAUAACUGAAGUUACUCUGAAGUAACUGAAGUAUUGAUAUCAUGAGAAAUGUAGAUUUGUAUAUAUUUGUAAAAAUUAUGUAUAUUGUUAUAUUAAAUAUGUAGAUUUGAAUAUAUAUUUCUGUAUAAUGUACAUAUUAUAUAAUGAAUGAGAUACUCUAUAAGAGUGGAAUAUUUUCUUGAACUUUUCACUUCCAUGAAACCUUUUGAUCCUGCAACAUAUGUAUUUUUCAAUUUCCGUCCAUUGUUUAUUUAUGCACAGCUGUUGAAAUUGUUUAAUUGCCUGAACACACAUAGAAUGUAUUGCUUCCAUUCAUAUCUCGUUUAAAAAUGUCAUAUAUUAGCUUGAAAUUAAAAGAUAACUAUUUACUUAAUAUAUUUCAUAUGCACUUGGAUUCUUCCUUAUAUAACUUUAAAAUGUUGGUGCAAUACUUUUUGUCGAAGUAAGUCUAUUCCGGAAAGUGAAACCUUUUGUGAACAUAGAGCAUCCUCUUCAACUUUGACAUGUGUUAUGUCCUGAACGAAUCUAUUUAAAAUGAGGAUGUUCAGCAUCAUAGCC